UACUUGUCUUUUCUACUAGAUAUAAACAGGUUUAUAAUAUAUGAUGGUAUUUUAAACUUUGGAGUUAUUUUGCUAAAAAUGAUUUAUUUCUAAAUAUAAGUAUUUGUAUAACAGAUUAUAUAAAUCUGUAUAAUCUGUUUUGUAUAACAAAAAACACAGAGUAAUAGAUUUAGAAUUAUAUAUUCUAGUAGAAGCCAGAAUGUUCCGGCAAUUACAGGCUAUUGUGACAUCAUCAAUUACAUCACAAUACCCUAUUAUGACAUCAUCAAUUACAUCACAAUACCCUAUUAUGACAUCAUCAAUUACAUCACAAUAGGUUAGUAUAUCAGACUAUUGUGACAUCAUCAUUUGGCUGAAUCCCUAUUAUGACAUCAUCUGUGACAGUUAUGCAGUGUUAAGGAUUCACAGACACCUGUCAUUAUUGUCUAAGCUUACGUUGAGAGUGGAAGCACGUUUGUGCCAAGCUCUUGCGUAAAUUUAGAAAAUGAAAAAUUUAAAUUUAAAUAAUAAUGAAAUACAUAUUAAUAUUGAAAAAGAAAAGAAACCAGUUAUAUUAACGAAGAAAAUGAAAAGAAAUCAGCCAAAGACUAGUAAGUAACUUUUUAGAGAUAGAAUGAUAGAUAAAUGAUAAUAGAACCAGUAGUAGAUACACAUAUGAUUGAAAUCAUCCCAAUGAUUGCCUUUUAUUGAAUAUAAUGAUGGCUGUACAGAUCCUCUUGUUAGCUGUAAAUGUGGGAGAGUCUAUUGCCAUUUACAUAGUUAUAUUUUUAGAAAUGUAAUGUUAUAAUUCAUAGGAUUUUAGCGCAUGUCUAUAUUGGGCAUUAUAUAACCAGUAGCUUUUUUAUGUAACAGUGUAACAGUGUUUCCUGGAUUUGAUAGAAAUGUUCUCUGUAUUCCAAAUUGUAGUUGUAGCAGUAGUGAUGUUAGUAAUAUUUAUUUAUAUUUAGUUAUUGGGGUUUUCAGCAACCAAAUGCAAAUAAUUUGAAUAUUUUUGUAGUCACAAGUUCUGAUGAGCAGAAAGACCCUUUUAAUCUCCUGUAUCAAUCAGUAUUUAACCUGUAUGUAAGAUAUAUACACCCAUGCAUUAUACAGCGUUGGGGAAUUGUUUGGUUUUAUAAAUGGGUCUUACUAACAGACUCCAGCAAGCAAUGAUAAUUGUACUUAAUGAGUUGAUUUCUGUCCUUUCAGCAUUGGAACGGAUCUUGGCUAAAAUGCUCCCUACGUUGCUUUUCCGGUUUUUCUUCAGCAACAGUAAUGAAUAUUAUCAAGUGAAGUAUUUCCUUGGAGCAAUUGUUGGAUUGUGCAUCGGAAGCGCACUUUACUUUUUGCUGGUUUAUCCAUUAACCACCUUGAAUGACCAGAUCAAAGUCUGCAUAUUUAUUGUUAAUAAUGCUAUAUUUUCCUUCGGAUGGGCAAUGUCCACUAAUUUCCGCUGCUCGACAUUGAUGAUACUCCUGCUUAUCCUGUGCGAAAGUACAGGUGCCCUAACAACUACAGUUGCUAUCAAAGCAAUCACUGAUGGCCCUGUUCCUAAUAUGAUGAAAAAUAUAGAACUACUUGUAAUGAGCUUUGAGUGUACAGGAGAGAUGACCCUUAACCACACAAAGAUGAUGUACACAUCAAUGAUGGAACCUAUAAAGAGGAUAUUUGGUCAAUUGACGAAAAGGUCAUCGAAUUUAACAAAGGACACCAAAGAAAUAACUGAUGAUUUCCGUGAGGUAGAAGAAGAAGUUGAAAGCACUGAGGGAUACGACAAUGUGAGAGAGAAAGAACUGAUAAGGGAAGAAAUCGAGAGAAACAAAACGUUACUAAUGAAUACUCAGAAGAAAUUUAGCAUGAAGACUUUCCUGCGCUGUGAACAUCUCUUUGAAAUGGGCAUAGGGAAGUGCCAUGAAUGGUUUGAUCAGAAAUAUGAUGAAUGCAUGGAGACAAUAUGGUUACCUGUUCUCAAUCAUGCAUUGUGCUGGCCAAUGAAAUUGAAAUUUGUCUGCGGCGCUUUAAAUUGGUUCCUGCCAUUGUGCAAGAAGCACAUCCGCAUCGACCCUUUGUUUGGAGAACUCUAUGAUAAUAUCAGUGGGGCCAUUGACACAUUCAAGCAAAAUGUCACUAUAGAUGUUCAAAUUACGGUCAGAAACAAAACCAUAUUUGAUACGACACUGAAGAAAGUCAAACAAAAUGUGUCCGAAACCGUUGAAGAGAGCGAAUCAGUUUCACAGAAAGCUAUGAAGGCUAUAAAAAUAGUUUUGUCUCUACUCUUCCUCCAAUACAUCAGUUCAGCUUUUGGCUAUGUUGAGAAUUACAAUUCAAACCUUCGCCACGACAAUGUGUACAUAACAACGUACUUCAAACAAAUCGACGCUCGUAGGAGGAAGCAGGGAAAGAGGCACCUGCUACCGCUGAAAAAAGGGGAACGUGCAGAUUUAAUUUACCCAAUAAACUUUGCCCUCCAUGGACCAGAGGUGAAAGCAUUGACAAGCGCUAUGAUAGGGUGCAUUCCGCUGAUUGUUAUUUGCCUGCUUUUACUUGGACUGGAUUUGGGUGUCCAAAAUAUCAUGGACAUUACUAUCAAGCAUUCCAAUAUUAGCUACAACUUUGGCUUUAAACACAAUCUAGAAGUGAUUGUUGGUGGCACCGGAUUCCUGGCAAGAUUUCUCCGGAACACAAUUGGAAAUAUCAAUACGUCCUCUAAUGCGCUUCAUGUGACCAAUAAUACUGUUUGUCUGGCGCAACCGAUUCAUCUGACGUCCCAGCAAUAUAUCGGCACUUGUUUACUACUGACCAUCACGCUGAUCCUUCCUUUUGUCCAGAUAUACAUGAGCCGACUGUGCAGAGUCCUGGCUGCUUACUUUUACCCUAAGACGGAGAAAAGGCGAAUUCUCCAUCUCUAUAAUGAGCUACUGAGGUACAGGGACCUGUAUUUAAAUAUAAAGAGGAAGAACUUAAUGAUCACUGCCAACCGCCACAGAAACUUUAUGAUGUCUAUACCUGGUAUGCUAUUCCGACAAAUGAAAUGGCUGAGAGUCAUUAUAAAGCGACGCUGUUUGGUUUGUAAUGCCAAAGAAACCAAGACUUCCUAUAUUUGCAAGACAUCAAACUGUGACACAGCCUACUGCCUCGACUGCUGGAAGGAGAUAAAGAAAUGCUGCUUUGUUUGCUUACCAGAUGAUUUAAUUGAAAAUUACUUCUGUGAAGAAUAAUACUACAGUGAUGGCGGCCCCUCCCCCUUUUUAAAAAAAUGUUUUGUAUAAUAUACUUUUUUUAAUAUAUUUUGUAAAAUAUAUUAAACAUAUAUUUUAUAUAAUCAGUAUUUAAUAAACUUUAAUAAACUUUUAUAAAUAUGUGUCCAUUGUAUUACCCAGUCACAGAGCCUCUCACAUCUGCUGAUAGCUGCAGUCAUUUUGUUUCUGGCUGCAACACAACAAACAGGGUGCCCCCCCUCCAGAUUCAGCCAUUCUGCUCGCCAUCUUUGUAGCCAUUCUAAGGAACUUGACUGGCACUGACUUGUGGGCAGGGUCGCCAUCAGGGGGGGAUGGGGGAGAGUUGUAGGGGGCCCCGAGGGUAAGUGGGGCCCGGCCACGCCACACUUACUUGAUUAG